AGCCGAGCUGAGAGAAGGCGGCCAGCGAGCAGGCGGCAGGCGAGGUCUGCGAGGAGCAGGCGAGCGGGAAGACGAGACGCAGCCACCUUCCUCACCAGCCAGCCCGCAGCGGUUUGUUCCCUACCUCGGGAGUGCGCCAAUGCCUGGUCCGACCCAAACCCUGUCCCCAAAUGGCGAGAACAACAACGACAUCAUCCAGGAUAACGGGACCAUCAUUCCUUUCCGGAAGCACACAGUGCGCGGGGAGCGUUCCUACAGUUGGGGAAUGGCGGUCAAUGUGUAUUCUACCUCGAUAACCCAAGAGACUAUGAGCAGACAUGACAUCAUUGCAUGGGUUAAUGACAUAGUAUCUUUAAACUACACAAAAGUGGAACAGCUUUGUUCAGGGGCUGCCUAUUGCCAGUUCAUGGACAUGCUCUUUCCAGGCUGCAUAAGUUUGAAGAAAGUAAAAUUUCAAGCAAAGUUGGAGCAUGAGUAUAUUCACAAUUUUAAACUUCUGCAAGCAUCGUUUAAGCGAAUGAAUGUUGAUAAGGUGAUCCCAGUGGAGAAGCUGGUGAAGGGGCGUUUCCAGGACAACCUGGAUUUCAUUCAGUGGUUUAAGAAAUUCUAUGACGCUAACUAUGAUGGGAAGGAGUACGAUCCGGUGGAAGCUCGGCAAGGGCAAGAUGCGAUCCCUCCCCCCGACCCCGGCGAACAGAUCUUCAACCUGCCGAAGAAGUCUCACCACGCGAACUCCCCCACCGCAGGUGCGGCUAAAUCAAGUCCAGCAUCUAAGCCAGGAUCUACACCUUCUCGUCCCUCAUCAGCCAAAAGGGCUUCGUCCAGCAGCUCAGCAUCCAAAUCUGAUAAAGACUUAGAAACACAGGUCAUACAGCUUAAUGAGCAGGUACAUUCAUUAAAACUUGCCCUCGAAGGUGUGGAAAAGGAAAGGGAUUUCUACUUUGGCAAGUUGAGAGAGAUUGAACUCCUCUGUCAAGAGCAUGGGCAGGAAAAUGAUGACCUUGUGCAGCGACUAAUGGAAGUCCUCUAUGCUUCGGAAGAACACGUAAGUGUGAGGAGAGCCAUUGGCUCUUCGCUCCUAAAGCGAUUCUCUUGGUCAGGGUGCAGUAGUGUGUCUUCGGGUGCUUCCCUGGGAUCCCUGAGAAUUAUGAGGACUCCUGUGGGUUUGCUCUUCCCAGAGGACAAGUGUCCUCCUCCUCCACCUCAUCAUCGUCGUCGUGAACCACUGGCCCAGGCUUGUGGGAUGUGCAUUCGUGAAUUCAUCUGGGAGAAGAUGAGUAGAGGGGGAUGGGAGGGGGAGAGGAGGAGGACUGAUUGAGAAAAAUGGGUUUAUGCAGCCAGAUUUCAACUGGUUUGCUGCCCUGAGCAGAUGAGCUAUAAAAAUGUAUAUAAAGAUUCUUCAUGACAGACCAGAGUAUGGUGAGAGGAGGAAUUAGUCUGGAUGUUUUUCUGAUCCCCAUAAGCCCCACAAUUUUUAUUUCAGAGCUGGUUGUCUUGGUUAUUCAUUGCCGGUACAGACUGGUGCCGUGUAACAGCCCUUAGUUGAAAAAUGCUUUUAGAAGGUCUUCUCUGCAGGGAGACCUGGCUGUCCAGCUUUUGCUACUCAGGAGUGUGCGGAAGGGGGGCGGCCAGGAGGUGGAUGCAUCCUGGUGACAGAAAGCAGGUGUGAGGAGCAGCAGAGGACCAAAGCGCUCAAGAAUCAAGGAAGGGAAGGGGUGGGAUAAACGGAGACUAAGUCUGCCCGGGUAGGGAGCGAGGAGCAAGUGCGGGAGCCUGACGGAGCCUCACCUUCCACCGCGCCGCCUGGGGAAGAUGCGGAACAGUGGGCCGGGGUCUCGGGCUCCUCAGCAGGCGGUGUGAACCUGGUGGAAGAGCUCGGACUCUGUUGGAGCAGGAGGCCUGGGGACGCUCCCAGGGCGCUGUGGUCAAGUUGCAUGUGUUAGCACUUGGACAGAACAGAACAAGUCACUGGCGAGUGUACUUUAUGACUUGUCCCAGCCCAGUACCAGACACAUGUUGACUCCAUGUAAGAUUUGAAAUCUGAGUGAUGAAAUCUGAGGGUUGAGGCCUCUCCACCACUUUUUAAAUUCCCUGUCCCCCUGCCUUGUAUUUUUUUUAAGCUUCUUUCUCCGUUAACAUUGGUGCAAACUGUAGAUCUUGAAGCCCUGGGAAGCUGCCUGGCCAGGCUCCAGAGGGAGUGAUGGCUCCGUAAAAUAUGGUUCUCAGUUAUUUUCAGAUCUGACGGCAGAAACCUCAGGUUGAGGUCUAGUGUGCCUGCGCCACCCUGAGUGCUUGGUAGUCGGUCAGGGACCUAGUGAGUUACAGUUACUCUCCUCCCAAGCUGGUGGGAGGCCAAAUCCGGUGCAGUCUUCCCAGCACUGGGUCUCUGAAGGGCCAUUGCCACUGAGGGAGGAAGGCAGCCUGCAAGGUCAGAUCUUCCCAGCCUUGCGCUGUCGGCAGGAGGAAAACCCUUGCAAUUGUCACCUCAGGCCAGAUCUCGUCCGCCAGUGGAGUCCUUGUGCAGGAGCCCUCUCAGGUGAACUCCAAAUUCAGAGUCGACAUGAGCCACUGAAUGCUGCUGGCAGCGGCAGGUAGGCAGGGCCGGCCCAGGAGAGAGUUCCUGCCUUCUGAGUGUGGUCCUACCUCAGUGCCUGCUCUUCAGGAAAACACACAUGAGCCCUGGGUGGCCAUUUCAGGUGCAGGUAUUUGCUGGAGCAGCCUCUUUAAGUCUUUAUUUGAUGGUGGCAGGUCUUUGAUUCUUGGAAUCAGACAAUCCUAGAAUAGAAUGCUUGGAAGAUGUAAAAUCCAGAUAGCAGUUUAUGUACAGAAGUAAACAGGUUCAGUUAAGUUCAUAGUGGUAGAAACCUAAUGGAAGGUUCCAAAGCAGAUCAGCAGACAUCUCUCCAGUGCCUCUCUCUAUCAUUGUCAGGAUCUUUUUCCUCAGGGGUCAUAGGUAUCUCGACUUAGUCAUUGGUUAACUGCUGCCUUGUCCAUCGGUCAGCUGAGGUACAGCUGCUGAUAUAAACAGGCGACUUAUUUCCUGAGGCACUGUCACAGAAGCCACUAAGUGACCUAACGAUUCUUCCCUCCUCCACCAAGAUCUCUUGGGAAGAGCCUUUGUUUCUGUCACUGGACGAAGCAUUGGGUAUACAGAAAGGGGACAGAGCCGCUGCCUCCGUGAGGCAGACAGACGGGCACCACUAACUGGAGUAUGUUGGAGUGGGAUGCACGUGCUCACAAAGACGUAAACUUGGGUGGUGAGCAUGGAAAGGCAGCCUGGAGAGACAGAGAAGACACCUGUGUGGGCUUGGAGAAUGACCAGGAACGUCAGCAGUCCUGGAGCCAAGGCAGGGAGGGUAUUUCAGACAGAGAAAACAGCAUGGCCAAAGCGGAGAGGAAAGAACGGCCGGACGUGGCGGGGGUGCGUGGGGGCAGCGGAGCCUGUGGAGUGUCACCAGGUCCAUCUAGGAAGGAGGGGGCCCUCAGCGCUUCUUGAUGACCCCGCCAGCGUCCUUUGCCCCCCUUUUCUUCCUAUUGCAGGCAAGAGCCUUCUUUACUGUAUCCACCUUCUCUUUCUAAUGAUUAUCAUAAGAAUAAGGAACUCUAACAUUACUCACAGCUAAACAUCCAGAAAGAGGUGAUGGAUUGAUAUGCAAAUAUCAGAACUAAGCAGGUGGCACACCAGGGCUUUAGUCACAUAUCUGGCUUAGGUUUUGUCUGGCCUCCUGCCUAUGUGCGAAGUUGUUUUUUCUAGUAUGGGGUGUAAGAAAAAGAUCGUGUUUCUUUUCUGUGAGCCUACAAAGUAGUGUGUGAGGUGGGAGCACUCACCUGUGGUAGGCAGUGUAACUGCCUCAGAGUUAGAGGUCUGCGGACUUUCAGACCGCCUUAACCUGCGCCCCAAGCAUGAGCAAUCCGUUGGUAAGCUGCGAGGUUUUGCUCUUUAUCUGGGGUCUGCAGUUCCUGCAGAUGGAGGACAUCCCCUUUGGGUCCUGCGACAGAGAGCUGCCCUUGGCCAGCUGGAGACCACAGAGCCCCCUGCCUGGACAAGUACAAAGGGGAGGCCAGGGGUGAGGUCUGAGCUUAGAGGGCCUUGGUCCUACAGCUUAGCACAGGCCCACAGUGUUUGAAUCAAAGCUUUGACUUUCAGUCUUGGGGUAACUCCCAGCUGUGAUGUGAGCAAAUAAUAUUUUCUGUAAAAGGUCCAAUGGAUCCUCCUUUUUGAGAUCUUCCAUGCAGCCUAACGUGCACAAACAGGUAAGAAAGUACUCUGGAGACCUGCUGAACUCCUAGCAGUGCGAAACGAAGGCACCACGCCAGCCUCGGAGAGUGAGGAUGACGGGUGCAUUAACAGCCCUGACCCUCAGAGGGGGCGGGAGCUCCACCAGAGGCAGCUGUGUAGCCCGCCCGUGAGUGUGCACGCACACACUUGGGGCUGAGUGCGUAGCCAGAUGGAAGCAUGGACAGGAUGUGAAGCUUAGAGGAGUGACUAGCUCUGGAGUGAAGCAGAGAGAAGAGGCCCGAACAAGGAACAUUGGCAGGACAGUCACCUGCGAGUUCCCAGGGCACCGGUCCAGGUAAAGUCCCAUGACCACUAGCUCUCUUUUUUGCCCCUAGACAAGAGGCUGGGGGUGCUCGUGAUAGGGUGUGGUCCUGGGCUAGGAGAGAGCAGUAACAUGCCUCUUGACACAGACCCAGUAAGGAACAGCACUAAAUUUGAACCAGGGUCUUCAACACAAUGUCCCUUUCUACUGUUGGAGAAAAGGUGACUUUUAAAAAAUGUUUCACUUCUAGAAUAUAUUUCAGAGUUCUCCCACCAAGAAAUUAUAAUUGCAGCUCACACAAGUAUGUAUUAUGAACCCAACACCGUUCUAUACCUACCUUAACUCUUCUGUUGAGUCCAAGGACUCCAUGGACUCCUUGAUCAGUGAAACUGAUGGAAAACUGUUGUGUAUGUGUUACAAUCCCCCAUUUUACAGAUGAGAAAACUGAGGCACAGGGCAGUUAAGUUACAUGUGCACAGUCAUCCAGCUGGUAAAGUGCAGAACCAGGAUAUGAACUUGAGUCUGUGUUUAGAACCUUGACAUUUUUCUGUUACUAAGAAAAUAUACAGCAUGGAACCUUGGCUGAGAGUCUCAAAUCCUCUGUUGUUUUGUCCUUGGGGAUUUUUCUUCUUCUCAACACAGCCUGCAUUGAUUCUGAAAUAAGUGAGGUUGGACACAGAUGGAUGAGGCCCUCUGGGGGUCCUGAGUAACCUCAGAACCAGUGGUUGAGGCCACAGUGUGGAGACAAGAUUGCAGGCCCAAGUUUUACAGCCAAGCAGGAAACAAAGUGCCACAGGACCAGGGAAAGAAUGAACUGUGGCUCGGGGAAGACUGACAGUGGGCAGGGGGAUUGGCUUGUCCUAAGCAGCAGGGAACAGACCUGAAGCGGGGCGCCUCUGGCCGAGAAAGGAGUGCGUGUGCCUACUGGCAGGGGCCACAAGCACGCCAGGGCUCAGGGUCCCUGUGUGCCUUGCUGAGGGAGCCAUCAGCUGCACUGCUUGGCCAGGCUCCCUCUGCUUGGGUAAUAAAGAGAGCAGCUUGCUGUUUGUGAGGUCAGCCGACUCCGGCCAGUGGUCCCUGGAGUGGGGGUCCGUGGGCACCUCAACCCGUGAGGGACACAUAAAGGACUGAGUGCCCAGAGCGAAGGCCUUGAGCUCCAGCUGCCGCCCCCCCCCCGCUGGAGAAGCCCCCAGACCCGCGUGUCUUCCUUGCCUUACGGCUGGAGUGAGCCUGGUCUAUGCGGCACAGCAGCAGGUCGUAACACAGGGCCUCGGGCGGGGCAGGCAUCAGAAGCCCCGCGUCCUGGCCUGGCGGUGGCCUGGGGCCGUGUGCUGUCUCACACCAGGUUUCCGCGUGGUGGUCAGGAUGCUUCUGAGGCGGUGCCUUCGCUUCUCUCUCCCAUGGGUCGGAGAGUACAAAACGUGUUCUUUGAAGAGGGCUUUCCAAAACAAAAGGAAUGUAUGACCCGCCCCUUGAACAGGAAAGCACGGGCGGCUGGUGCGC